UGGGCGUGGCUCGCUCGGCGCUCGGACAGCGCGGGCGCUGGGAACCUGCGGCAGGUACGGCCGCCGCCGCGCUGGGCCGCUGAACUCGGGUGCCCGGGAUGAGCCUCAUCCGGAAAAAGGGUUUCUACAAGCAGGAUGUCAACAAGACGGCCUGGGAGCUGCCGAAGACCUACGCGUCCCCGACGCACGUCGGCAGCGGGGCCUACGGCGCCGUGUGCUCUGCCAUCGACAAGCGGUCAGGGGAGAAGGUGGCCAUCAAGAAGCUGAGCCGGCCCUUCCAGUCCGAGAUCUUCGCCAAGCGGGCCUACCGCGAGCUGCGGCUGCUGAAGCACAUGCGGCACGAGAACGUCAUCGGGCUCCUGGAUGUCUUCACCCCAGCCUCCUCCCUGCGCAACUUCCAGGACUUCUACCUGGUGAUGCCCUUCAUGCAGACGGACCUGCAGAAGAUCAUGGGCAUGGAGUUCAGUGAGGACAAGAUCCAGUACCUGGUGUACCAGAUGUUCAAGGGUCUCAAGUACAUCCACUCCGCCGGCAUCAUCCACAGGGACCUGAAGCCGGGGAACCUGGCUGUGAACGAGGACUGUGAGCUGAAGAUCUUGGAUUUUGGGCUGGCACGGCACGCGGAUCCCGAGAUGACCGGCUACGUGGUGACGCGCUGGUACCGGGCCCCUGAGGUCAUCCUCAGCUGGAUGCACUACAACCAGACAGUGGACGUCUGGUCUGUCGGCUGCAUCAUGGCGGAGAUGCUGACCGGGAAAACUCUGUUCAAGGGGAAAGACUACCUGGACCAGCUGACCCAGAUCCUCAAAGUGACCGGCGUCCCGGGCGCCGGGUUUGUGCAGAAGCUGAACGACAAAGCGGCCAAAUCCUACAUCCAGUCCCUGCCCCAGAGCCCCAAGAAGGACUUCACUCAGCUCUUCCCGCGCGCCAGCCCGCAGGCCACGGACCUGCUGGAGAAGAUCCUGGAGCUGGACGUAGACAAGCGCCUGACCGCCGCGCAGGCCCUGGCCCACCCCUUCUUCGAGCCCUUCCGGGACCCUGAGGAGGAGACGGAGGCCCAGCAGCCCUUCGAUGACUCUCUGGAGCGCGAGAAGCUCACGGUGGACGAGUGGAAGCAGCACAUCUACAAGGAGAUCGUGAGCUUCAGCCCCAUCGCCCGCAAGGACUCCAAGCGCCAGAGUGGCAUGAAGCUGCAGUGACAGCCGGCCCGGCCCGGCCCCGCCUGCAGACACUGCCCCGGACCCGAGUUGGUCACCCGUAAAGCCGCAGCUCUUCGCGGAAGAGAGCACCCUGCACGGAGGACCAGUGCCUGCGCUGGGCUUGGCGGCCGUGGGGUUGGAAGGUGCUGGGGCGCUCUGAGCACGCGGGCUGCGUUAGGCGGGCGCGGACCUCUCCUUCCGGCUGCAGCAGCGCCGGGUCAGCGUCCUGGGGCAGCUGUGACGCUGCGCUGGUGGCUUACAGCGGAAACCUACGCUCUCACAGCUCGGACGUCCGAGCCGAAGGUGGCGGCCGUGCCCCUCACAAGGGCCUGGCGAGCGCCCUGCCUUGCCGCCUUUCAGCUCCUGCUGGCCCUGGGUGCUCCGUGGCUGCGGCUGCCGCUCCAGCCUCUGCUGUGGCCUGCGCUGCUCCUGUCUCUGACCUCCUGUAAGAACAGCGGUCACUGGAUGUCGGGCCCGGCCUAACCCAGUAUGAUCUCGUCUCGGUCCCUGCUAAUCACGUCUGCAAAGAUUUUAUUUUCAAAUAAAGUCACAUUCCGAGGU